UCUAAAAAAAGCCGGAAAAUAAAAAUGACUAACCAAAACGGAAAUCAACAAAAUGGCGACAACAACGAUGAACAAAUCACCGAGCCCGAGCAAUUCCGUAAAUUGUUCAUUGGCGGUUUGGAUUAUCGCACCACCGAUGAAGGUCUGAAGUCUCAUUUCGAGAAAUGGGGUCGCGUUGUCGAUGUUGUUGUAAUGAAAGAUCCCCGCACCAAGAAAUCACGUGGUUUCGGCUUCAUCACCUAUUCCAAAUCCUCAAUGGUUGAUGAUGCCCAAAAUGCCCGUCCACACAAAAUUGAUGGACGCGUCGUUGAACCCAAACGCGCUGUGCCACGUCAGGACAUUGAUAAUCCCAAUGCCGGUGCCACUGUUAAGAAAGUGUUUGUUGGCGGUCUUAAAGACGAACACGAUGAACAGUGUUUGCGUGACUAUUUCAAUAAAUAUGGAAACAUUGUUGAAAUCAAUGUUGUUAUGGACAAGGAAACCGGCAAGAAACGUGGUUUCGCUUUUGUUGAAUACGAUGACUACGAUCCCGUUGACAAGAUUGUGUUGCAAAAAUCUCAUACCAUUAAAAACAAAACUUUGGAUGUGAAAAAGGCAUUGCCAAAGAAUGAUAUGUCCGGUCCACAAGGUGGCGGUAACAUGGGACGCGGCGGUAAUAUGGGCCGUGGUGGUAAUAUGGGUCGCGGUGGCAAUAUGGGCCGUGGCGGUAACAUGGGACGCGGUGGUAAUAUGGGUAAUCAAAAUGGUAUGGGAGGCGGCGGCGGCUGGGGUGGUAAUGGUGGAAAUUGGGGUGGAAACUUCAAUAACGGUGGUGGUUUCAAUAACGGCCCCGGUGGUAAUGGCGGCGGUUGGGGUGGAAACAAUAUGGGACCUUGGGAUAAUAACGGCGGCGGUGGUUGGAACAACGGUGGUGGCAACUUUGGUGGCCCAAACAAUGGCGGCAACAGCGGUAAUUGGGGUAACGAUGAUUUCGGUGGCGGUUACCAACAAAGUUAUGGCGGUGGUCCACAACGUGGUGGAAACUUUGGCAACAAUCGCAUGCAACCAUAUGGUGGCGGCAAGAGCAAUUUCGGAAGUAAUAUGGGUAAGUUUUGA